CUGCGGCCGAAGUUCCAUGAUUUUUAUUGUAGUUCUAUAGAGGGUAAAAGGAAGACGAGAAGACAUCCAUACUGAUAUAUUGUCUCUGAUGGGAGACAUUCAGCCAGUUAUUGCUAACUACUGUUGAUGAAGUCAGCCUUAGGAGUGGGGAGGAUAUAAACAGAGCGACUCGAGACUGUUCUACCUUAAAAUCGAAAUUUACUUGGAAGCAAAAACAGACUGGGACAUCUCGUUAGUUUACCAGUUGAAUAUAUCAGACAAACGUUGUAAAGGACAGAAAAAAAAUCCUCAAUAUGAAGGAAAGCGCAUUCUCUCUGACCCUGGCAAUUAUGUUGUUUGUGUGUGUGUCCGAAGCCUGGCUGACGAGGUACAGCAACAGGGCGGCGACCAGAGACUGGAAGGAUAUCCAGCUGGAUGAGUUGUGCAGUAAGACGGGAGAGGAUUGUUUACAGUCAAAUAAUUGCUGCUCCGAGUCAGAUGUCUGUUUGCUUGACAGAAAAUCCUCCUUUUUGUCGGGAAGAAGAGUGGGGUACUGCAGAAAUAGUAAUAUGUUCAAAUUGACGGAUCUCCCUAUCAAAUAUAAAGGAGCGGAGUGUGACACCAGCGCCGAGUGUGACGACUUAUGUUGUCGAAUCAUCCCACGCCAUAUUUAUGGCACAUCUCAGGAAUGUGGAACCAAGGAGGGGUUCAUGUGUGUCUGAGACAGCUCUAAAGGAGUACUUUACUUACCUGCUAUCUACUCAGUAUAUCUAUCACUACAAAUAUUUCGUUUUACUAGGUGUGAACUGUGGGUUGCAACCUAUACAGCUCUUAAGAUUAUUACACCUGGAUUUUUACAAUAACUCUGGUAUUUAAGAUAAUUUACUUAUAGUAGAAAUCUAUUCUAUCUUUACCUACUUAAUCUUUACUUAUGUCCGUUACUAUUUGGCAUUCCUUGUCUGGUUGCUAUAAGUCCGUGUCUGUAAUAAAUAUAAUGCCCUUUCCUGUGAAAAGUAUCUACACCUUAAUCUGUUUAUAUUACCCAACAGGUCUGCCAUAAUCCAAAUCCUCUUUUAUGAAGUCUUUGUUUUCUCUCAUUCAACCUCUCGUCUGUGGUUGUCAUUCCCAUCCAACAUGUGUUUUAUAUCCCCCUCCUUCCUAUGAUUGUCAUCUCCCCUCACCUGUGGCUUUUACUACCCCCUCCCCACACAUACCCACACUUACCUAUGAUGAUUUGCAUUUGCUACUUCCAUGUCCAGUGGUUGUCAUCCAUCCUCACCUGUGAUGACAGCACGUGUCACACCUGUGCUCAUUUGACAUGGUAUCGGGAAUUAAAAAAUGGUAAAAAUAAAAUAAAAAUAAAAACUACCUUAAAUGGUAAUCACAACUGAUGUAUGUAAGCCUUAUGAUUGAUUGGUAGUUAAAAUCCAUGUGUACGUAUGCAUCAUUCUUCCUGAAGCAGUAGGGAAUUUUGGUGAUUUGACAGAUGGUUGAUGCUCAUAGAUUGAUUGUUUAAUUAAUUAAAAGUUGGUAAGUGAAAUAAAGGAUACAUCAUAACAGGAUAUACUUGAAUACAUUUUUCUGUCACGGUUUCAAAAAUAUAGGCCAACGACAACCGGAUGUUGCAUAUAUUAAACAUAUGCAUGGUUUUCUAAAUGAAAAUAUCUAAUAUAUGGCUAUGUAUUCAUAGAUCUUCUUUUUCACUUAAUAAAUCUAAAUAUAAACUUACA